GACCCAGUGGGCCUCCCCUCUCCUGCCCUCUCCUCCUCGCUCACCUUCCCAGCACCCUUUUCUCCCAUCCUGCACCCCGUCUCUGCGACGUGCUUCCCUCUCUCCCCCAGAGCCGCACCCUCGAAGUUUCACCUGUGAAGGGUCAGGAGCGUCUCGAUCAGACAGUGUGCUUGUAAGCAUGGGCCUGUCUGCAUCCUCCCCGGCUGUGGCAGUGGAGACCCCGAGUGCAGCCCCGCCUUCAGGAUGCCCCAUGCACUCCGAGGAGAGGAAAGGCUGUCCAGUGGCAUCUGACUCAGCCAGUGAGCACAAAACCUACUCUGUGCCUGCCCACCAAGAACGCGCCUACGAGUAUGUGGAGUGUCCUGUUACAGGCAAGACUAAGGACAAGGAUGACCUAGACCCUUCCAAUCUGAUGCCACCACCCAAUCAGAUGCCAGCCCCUGAUCAACCUUUCGCACUGUCUACUGUGAGGGAAGAAUCGUCUAUUCCCAGAGCAGGUUCAGAGAAGAAGUGGGUUUACCCCUCUGAACAGAUGUUCUGGAAUGCAAUGCUAAAGAAAGGGUGGAAGUGGAAAGAUGAGGACAUAAACCAGAAAGAUAUGUAUAACAUCAUUCGAAUCCACAACCAGAACAACGAGCAGGCGUGGAAAGAGAUUUUAAAGUGGGAAGCCCUUCAUGCUGCGGAGUGUCCUUGCGGUCCGUCACUGAUCCGGUUUGGAGGGAGAGCUAGAGAGUACUCACCACGGGCAAGAAUCCGCUCUUGGAUGGGGUAUGAGUUGCCUUUUGAUAGGCACGACUGGAUCAUCAACCGUUGUGGGACAGAAGUCAGAUAUGUCAUCGACUACUAUGAUGGCGGCGAUGUCAACAAGGACUACCAGUUCACCAUCCUGGACGUCCGGCCUGCUUUUGACUCAUUCUCUGCUGUGUGGGACAGGAUGAAGGUGGGCCUCACUGUCCCUGAUGUCUGACAGGUUCCCUCAUCUUCAGCCCUGUUGCUUCUGCCUGAAGCCCUCCCUUCGGGCAGCCCAAGGAGCCUUGGAAGGCAGGUUCGAGGGGAGACGUUAGGGUUGGUCCCGCUCCUAAAUCGUGCUUAUAUUGUUGGGUGUUAUUGUUCUGUUUCCCAGCUGUGGAAUGUGCGCAUCCACACAUUGUUUCCGUGCAGUCAUAUUUUUUAAAUAUUAUUUAUUACUGAAUAGUGACAGAGAGAGGGAGAGAGACAGACACCUGCAGCCCUGCUUCACCACCUGUGAGGCUUUCCCCUUGCAGGUGGGGACCGUAUGGUCAUUUUUAAGGGAGCUUUGUCUGCCACUGAGUUUCUUGGUGCCAGUGGCACAUAAGCCUGCGCUCCAGCAGCAUGUUACUGGUGGCUAUUCCUGGUUUUAAGCCUUGAUAAUAAGGACCCUUUAAUUUAUCCUGAAUACAGGAGCGGAAUACACUGGUGGAUGGAGCUGGUGGUCUAAACUAGUUGAUUUGGUGCAGGCUUCUUGGUUGUGUGGAGUUCUUUAAAAAAAAAAAAAGAAAUCUAAACUUAAAACAUCUAAAUAUCAGAAUUUGAGCAGGUCUUCCUAUUUAUUUUCCAAUAAAGUUGAUAGCUAACAGGU